GCCAGCGCAGCGGAGUCCGGCGCUGGCGCCAGGGAGCGGCAGGCCGGCAUGGGGGAGGAGGCGGUCGGAGAGUGUGGGACAGCGUCGGACCCGUCGGCCGUCGAAGAGCCGCCGCUCGCUGCGGACCAGUCGGCGGUGGAUGGGCCUCCAGCGGAGCCGCGGUCCACGGCGGAUGACCCUCCCACGGCAGACGGUCAGUCCAUGGGUGGAGAUCAGUCCCAGGUGGAGGGCCAGUCAGCCGCCGACCAGCGCCCAGCGGGAGAUCGGGGCUCGGUCGAACCGUCUGCUGCCGACCAGUCGGCGGCGGAGGACGCGCCGCAGCCGGGCGGCGAGUACUCGUGGGACGAGCUGUGGCAGCAGCACUACCAGCAGGUGUACGAGCGCAUGCUGGCCGAAUUUAGGGCUGAGCAUGGCAGGACGGCGGCGGCGGACGGCGGCCACACCGACGGAGGGCUGCCGAACGGUGCCCCCGACGGCUCCAGCGACUCCAAGAGGAAGGCUAGCGCCAAGAAGAAACGAAACGCGUCAUCCAGAAAAGCAAGGGAAAUGAAGCUGAACAGCGUGGGCGCACUGCUGCAGCAGCUGCAGGAGCCAUCGGAACCCACCACGGCCGCCCGCCGGCCGACUGAGGCUGCCUCUGAUGACGUCACAGAUAUCCGGCCGGGUGACGCCACAGAUCACCGGCCAGCCGACGGAACGGUGCCUGCCGAUGCGUUCGAUCCUACUGCUGGGAAAGGAGAGUGCGCUGUGGACGACUCGGCUGAAGAGGUGGACGUCAGCUUGGGGCGGCCGGGCACGCUGGAGUUUGCCGAGGGCGCGCUAGCGAUGCUGGGCUUCUGCCACGCAGCUACUGAGGACGCCGCCCGGCCAGCCGCCGCCCACGUCACCUACCGCCAGAAGCGGCUCAAGCAGAAGACCCGCGCGCUCAACAUGACAAAGACGGCAUUCAGCCACGACAGUCUGGUCAAAAAGGCGCAGAACCUGAUUGGCGCAUUCCAGUCGGAACAGAGGCCGAAUGGCGUCAGCGCGGAGCAGACGAAGCCGGCCGAAGAGCGUGACAGUACCAGUGAAUCCGUUCACCCUACCAGCGAAUCGGCCGACGUUGCUAGCGAGGUCACUCACCCUGAGGCCAAUGACCCCGGCAAACAGGACGAUGAACCCAAGGCCACUGACCCACCCGCCGCGGGGAGCGGGGCUGCCGACGCCAUUCAGAAGCGACCCGCGGCCCGCGGCCAGGGUCAGGGUCGCCGCCAAGCGGGGGGCAAACGAAGUCGAGCCGCCCGGCCCGCGCCCGAGGAGAUGCAGAACUCCGCCGAGCUGCGCAAGUACUGGUACCAGCGGUACCGGCUCUUCUCCAGGUUUGACGAGGGCGUGCGACUGAGCGGCCCCAGCUGGUUCUCGGUGACGCCGGAGCAGAUCGCGCGCCACCUGGCGGACCGCUGCCGUGCUGACGUCAUCGUCGACGCCUUCUGCGGCGCCGGCGGCAACGCUAUCCAGUUCGCCUUCACUUGCGAACGAGUGAUCGCCAUCGACAUCGACGCUGAGCAGCUGGCGCUGGCGCGGCACAACGCGGCCGUCUACGGCGUGCGGGACCGCAUCGAGUUCGUGCGCGGCGACUUCUUCACGCUGGCGCCGCGGCUGCGCGCCGACGCCGUCUUCCUCUCGCCGCCCUGGGGAGGUCCCCAGUACUGCGACGCCGACGUGUACGACGUGUACCGGCUGGACGGCUCCAUGGACGGCCGGGACAUGAUGCGCGCCGCCCGUCAGGUGUCGUCCAACAUCGCCCUGCUGGCGCCCCGCAACGCCAACACGCAUCAGCUGACGGCGCUGGCCGGCCCCGGCGGCAGCGUGGAGAUAGAGCAGAACCUGCUCAACGGCAAGAUCAAGACCAUCACCGCCUACUACGGCGACCUGAUCGCGUGCGGGCACAGCUGACCCGCCGGCGGCCCGCGCUGCGCCCUCGUUCGC